AUGGCCGAAGUAAACCUCAACAUCCCAAUUGUUCAACAUGAUGUACCUUUUAUUGACGACGAUGAAUUUCUGCCAAUGAAGGAAACCAAUUUGCUGAUGAAUACAGAGCACUCAGAAUAUGAUGUGAGAUGUCAACUUCUGAUAGAAUAUUUCAUGAACUGUCCAAUUACAGGAGCUCUAACAAAAGAGAAAGAAGUACCAGAAAAACUGCUGCAACAAUUUGUUCACACCUUUGAUGAAGUCGAAGAAAACCAACUCUCUGCUCAUGUAUGGGAAAAUGUUUCCGUAACAUUAACUCCUGCAAGGGUAAGAGAAUGGCUUGAACUACCCAUUCUUGAUAACUAUGUUGAAGCACCUAGCAGGAAAGAACUUUUAAGCUUUAUUGUUGAGCUUGGUUACAAGAACAAGAAGAUCAACAAAUUUGACUCCACAACAGAAAGAGCCAGCAGAGAAGUUUUCAAAUGUUCUUCAUCACUGGAAGAAGAUGAAGAACAAAAGUCAAAAUCAUCAAAAGAAGCAGAAGGAGAGAGAAUUCUGAUGAUUACCAACACAUCAAAUGAUGCUGAAAAUGAUCAAACUCAUGAAGGAAGAAUUCAUCUAGAUUUUGAUAUACUACAAGAGACAGCACAAGAACAUCAUGCAGAAUCACAAAUUGCUGGAAGAAUUCAUGAAGAAGUUCAAUUUGGUGGCACUGAAAUUGAAACAACGGAAGUAAUACAUCAUGAGGAAUCUCAUAUCGCGGAACAUAAAGAAACUGAAAUUGAUAAAGAGGUUACUAGUGCUUUUAAUCUCAACUCUGAAUCAGAAAAUGAGGAGGAGUAUGAGGUCUCAACAGAUAGAGAUCAAGAAACUCAUCAAGGAAAUCUGGAAAAAGGUAAUAUGUUUACCUUAAAAACUUAUGGAGAAUCACAUCUUGAUGUGAUUCAAGGACAUAAGGAAAUCCAGGAUGAGAGUAUGUCACUCACCACUGGUGGAGAUGGUACUGGUAAACUUAAAGCUACACCAAAUUCUGAAAAUCUGGAAAGAAUGUUGGAAAAAGCUUACAAAAUCUGCAAAAGAAAUCCAGUGGAAGAAAAACUUGAUAUGUUGUUGUCAGAAAUACAAGGUCAAAGGGCUGAAAUGAAGAUAUUAUCAGAAUCAGUGGAAGCAAUAAAGAAACAGACUGAUGAUAACACUGAAGCUUUAAAGUCCCUUCAGAAGAUGAAAGAAAAAGCACCAGAACUAAACAUUUCUGCAUCAGAAAUUCAAACGAUUCUCACAGAAAUAGAAAAGAUCAAAACACAAGUUUUGAGUAUGAUGGAGUCAAGCCAGUCAAGCAGUAGAAAUAAAGUUUUGGAAGAAGAAAUUGCCAUUCUAAGGGCAAGUAAUAACAGCAUCACAGAUGCCCUUGAGAAGCUGUCAAAGGAAUGGGCUGAAAAUCAGAAGAAAGCUCAAGCUGAAUUCAACCAAGCUCAGAAGAACAUGGCCAACAACUCAAAACUGGUGAGAGAAACACAACAACUAAUGGAGAGAAUGCAAUUCAAUGUUGCAAGUUUAGCCAAAGUGGAUCCUCAAAAACUCAUGAAGCAAAUUCCUGAUUCAAGCUCACAUCAGAAGGCUCCAAAGACAACCCCUCAACAAUCAACAACCACACCAAUCACCAAAGCUGAUACCACAGUGAUGGGACCACCUCCAAAUAUUCCAAAAGAAGAAAUGCUGAAAAGAUUAGCAGCUGCAAAACCUCAUGUCAUUACAAAUUUGAAGAUGCUGGCUGCUGUUCCAAAUCCAACAAUAUCUGAUGACUCAGCAAUAAGCAAAUAUAUGAAUAUACAAACAAUGAAAGAAUGGGAAGAAAAAGGUGAGUCAGAAGCAAAGUCAAAGAUUGUUAAGAGAAAAAUCUCAGAAUCUAAGUCUAUCAUGGUCAAAGAAAUUGCCAGAGAUGUAAUGAUAUUUCCUGAAUACAAUCUGGUAAGCUACUACUUGACAAAAGAAGAUGAAAUACCAAGAUCAGUAUCUCCUACCAGACUGGGCUUAAGAGAAGAAAGAAUGAAAAGAGGGCCAUACAGCAUUCACAAGCACAAUGAAAAUCCGGUAAAGAGAUUUUUAAAGGUAGAAGAAAUGAAAGUAGCAACUGAUGAUAUAGGGGGAACGUUUGUACAAAACAGAUACACACUUCAAAGAGAAAAGGGGGAUGAACAGAAAGUGACUGAUGAAGAACUAGCUGACGAGUUGCAUCCUUUGGACAUUCUGUUCAUGAAGGAUAACUAUGAAAAGGAAAAGAAAAAUAACCAAGAGACAAGCAAAGACGGAGAACAAGAAUAUGGUGUAAUCUUCAGAGAUCAAGACAAUAACAAAGCUCUGUUCAGAAGUGUUGACAUCUGUAAGUACUCAAAUCAAACCCUGAGGUAUAUCUUAAGAACCAUGAACAGAAGACAGGAACAUCUCCAGAAGAUAGAAAAGAACUUGGAAGGAAGCAGGAAAGAAAUUGAGCAAAUAAUUGAAGAAUGGAUUCAAGCAAGGGAAUGGUACAAAGACAUGUAUGACAGCUGCAACAAAUACAUCUCCUACAAAAAGAAGAUAACGAAAGGAGAUAUGCAUAAGAGAGUGAAGCUGAAUUAA